AUGUCUUGCUCGACUCAUGCGGGUCAACAGGCCAAAUCGCUUGAGGAACUGGAAGCGAUUUUAUAUCGAGCCCGAAGCAUUGCAGAAGAGCAUGCGACGCUCUCCAGAAAUCUCGCUGUCUCGUUUGAAACCGAGACUGCCAAACGAGUUGGAGAAUUAACGCUAGCCGUACAAGCUCUCAAGGAAUGGGAUAAAGCGCAGGAGACCAUAGCAGAGCUAAACGUAUUGCGUGAAGAUUCUUCCACCGACCACGAGCUCCGAGAAUUGGUAUCUGAAGAUCUUGAGACAGCCGUCUCGAGCCUUCCAACGUUGUCGAAUAAGCUGAAAGAAAGUUUGGUUCCAAGGCACCCCUUUGCUGAAUUCCCUUGCUUGGUUGAAAUUCGACCUGGUGCGGGAGGGGCCGAGGCCAGUCUUUUCGCCUCUGAGCUGCUCCGGAUGUAUUUGGCAGUUUGUUCACGCCGUGGGUUUCGAACGACAAUUCUUAAAAAGGAUACAGAGGAUGGGUACGGAAGCGGCGGUUCUGAAGAUCUCCUAUCCGAAGCUGUCGUGGAAAUUGAAACCCCUCGGAGUUAUGACAUUUUUCGUACGGAGGCUGGAGUGCAUCGUGUACAACGAAUCCCGGCAACAGAAGCGAAAGGGCGUGUCCAUACCAGCGCCGUGAGCGUAAUGAUCUUGCCAAGCUUCCCAGAGCAGAAUGAUGGCGCGCUGAAUUUCGACGAUCCAAAUUCCGAUUAUUACAUAAAUCCCCAGGAGGUGCAAUCCGAAAAGAUGCGUGCUAGUGGCGCUGGGGGACAACACGUAAACAAAACGGAAUCUGCCGUAAGGCUCACUCACAUUCCUACCGGUACUGUUGUGGCUGUGCAGGACACUCGUUCUCAGCACGAAAAUCGGAGGAAGGCAUGGAGACUACUACGUUCGAAAAUCGCACAGAUGAGACGUGAAGCGCGAGAACAGCAACUUGUUGAAUUGCGGAGGGGCAUAAUGGGAGGAGUUGCUAAAAUGGGUCGAGGGGAUAAGGUUCGGACUUACAAUUUCGGACAAAAUCGCUGUACGGACCAUCGAAGCGGUAUGACAAUACACAAUCUUAGCGAUGUACUUGAAGGCGGCGAAGGAUUGAGUAGGAUUAUGGAGAGCGUGAGCAACUGGCUUGUGGAUCAGGAGGUCGAAGCCUUGUGCGCCGAAGAACAAUCUAAACAACAAAAAGAGAUACCUCCGAGGAAACUGAACACAACAGUAUAG